GGAAGAAAUCGCUGUUCAGCAGCGUGACGGAGGCGCUGGAUUUCUCUCAGGUCCGAUCGAGCCGCGACGCCGAGUUAUUGGAAGACGCCCGGCAGGCCACCAGAUCCGGCGGCAGAAUGACCCGGGAACAGUAUGGAGCUCUUAGAAGGAAGAUAGGAGGAACAUACAAAGACUUUUUCAAAUCUUACAUAGAAGUGGAUGGGCAAUAUGUUGAAGAAGGGUGGGUGGACAAGACAUGCAAGGUUUGCAAGAAGGACACAAGGGGAGAGGCAAGACAAGUUGACAAACUUGGAACAUAUGUCCAUGUUGCUUGUUUGGAGAAUUCCAACUCUUCCUCUGGCAAUUUCUUCUCCAAGUUCUUCUCCAAAUGAAAAUAAUUGAUUUACAUCCCAACCCCAUUAUAGAAACUCGAGCUUGUGUAACAUAUAUCUAGUUCAUAAGUUUAUAAUUUGUAAUAGUUAGUAUAUAGCAUAAAAUAUCAAUCAUUUUCCUUCUUCUUUUUGCCGUUCCAAAACAUAUCUUCUCUUAGUCAAAAUUUUGAUGAUUCCAUCAUAUAUAGGAUUGAGUGGCAAAGAUUUCGAUAUGUAUCCUACAUCUAAACUUAUUUAUUUAUUUAUUUUGGUUAAAUAUGAGGUUCUAUGGAAUGGAA